AACAUUGAUUUCUUAUCGGUUACUGCAUCUUCCUCUGAAUCUCUCUCUGCCUUUCUCGCUCGCUCGCUCGGUUUUGGGAUCUCGCUGCGCUCGCAAGUUUAGAAUUUCAUUUUCGUUAAUUUUUCCUAUUUUUAGAGACAUUUGCCUUGUUCUCCUCUCCUUUGUAUUGGAAGGAAAGGAUAUCAUUUGUCUUACCCUGCAAUUAAAAGAGCGAUUUUUGAGUGGUUGGUUCGGGAGUUACCCAGAGAUUGUCUUCGCCGGCCAUUCUUCAUUGGAGAAGGAAGAAAAAGCCUAAAAGUUUUAUUCUUUUGUCAAUAUUUUUGUCAAAAAGGGUUUUUUUUUUUGGUGUUUGUGUGGCUGAUUAUUCUAGAUUUUCUUUUGGGUUCUUCUCCGUCAUCUCAUCUGUUACCUUUUUUUAAUUCCCAGGACUGCGUCAAAUUCACUUAUUUUAUUGUCUUUUCGUUUCCUUCGGCAACUGCAGCUAUUGAUUUGAAUUCAAACUAAUAUUAAUUAAUCUAACCAUCUUUGCUCCUUUCGAAGAGAGAACGCCUUCAAGUAUCUCCUGUGUUUUUCUUCUGUUAUUCUCCUCUUUUAUCCCUUAAAUUUGAUCUCUUUGUUGGACGCCAUGAAGCUCUCCGGAUUUUUGAUAUGUCUCUCUCUUAUCGGGCUGUAUUUUUCUAUGGCCGAAGGUGUUAUUGGGGUUAAUUGGGGGACUAUGGCGAUUCGUCCUUUGCCACCGAAGAUUGUUGUUCAGAUGUUGUUGGAUAAUGGAAUUAAGAAAGUUAAGCUUUUUGAUGCGGAUGAAAACACCAUGAAAGCGCUUGCUGGGAGUAAUAUUGAGGUCAUGAUAGCUAUUCCAAACAAUAUGCUUGCAAUUAUGAACGAUUAUGAUUCUGCAAAGCAAUGGGUUGAUAGAAACGUUUCUCGGUAUAUGUUUGAAGGAGGAGUAAAUAUCAAAUAUGUUGCUGUUGGCAACGAGCCUUUCCUUGCCGCCUAUAAUGGUUCAUUCAUUAAUACCACUUUCCCUGCACUCCAAAACAUUCAGAAUGCCAUUAAUGAAGCUGGCUUUGGACCCACAAUCAAGGCGACCGUUCCCCUCAAUGCGGAUGUCUACAACUCCCCAGCAUCCAACCCAGUCCCUUCCGCAGGCAGGUUUCGAGCUGAUAUCAGUGACAUCAUGGACCAAAUGGUUCAUUUCUUCAAGCAGAACAAUGCUUCAUUUACUGUAAAUAUAUAUCCUUUCUUGAGCUUGUAUGCUAAUAAGGACUUCCCCUUCGAUUACGCCUUCUUUGACGGCACCAGCAAACCUAUAGUUGACAAUGGAAUACAGUACACCAAUGUGUUUGAUGCCAAUUUUGAUACCCUCGUCUCAGCUUUAAAGGCAGCUGGAGUGCCUGAUUUACCAAUCAUAAUUGGAGAGGUUGGAUGGCCUACUGAUGGUGACAUAAAUGGCAAUGUUGGAUAUGCAGAAAGGUUCUACAAUGGUCUUCUUCCACGUUUAGCUCGCAAGCAAGGGACACCGCUGCGACCAAAUGUAGAUAUAGAUGUUUUUCUUUUCGGUCUUAUUGAUGAAGAUGCAAAGAGCAUAGAUCCAGGAAAUUUUGAGAGGCAUUGGGGGAUCUUUCACUACGACGGGCAGCCGAAAUUCCCCAUGGAUCUUUCGGGACAACAGCCGCCGAGCAACUUGCUAGUGGCAGCAAAGAAUGUCAAGUACUUGCCACAGAAGUGGUGUGUGUUAAAUGCUAAAGCAAAUAACUUGGAUAAGCUUCCUGAUAACAUAAACUUUGCAUGCACUUUCUCAGACUGCACUGCACUUGGCUAUGGAUCCUCCUGCAAUGGUUUGGAUACUAAUGGGAAUGCUUCUUAUGCAUUCAAUAUGUACUUUCAGGCACAAGGACAGAAUGAAUUGAGCUGUGGAUUCCAAGGGCUUGGCAUGGUGACUACUCAGAAUCAGUCUACUGAUAAGUGCAGUUUCAUUAUUCAGAUCGAUUCUCCGGCGAGUUAUUGUGCUUCUGCGAAGCUGUUGUUUGUGAUGCUUUCGUUUAUUUUACUUGUUGUGCUCAUGUUUUAGAUGAUUGGAGUUGUUUUUUGUUUCCAAUUAUUUGAUGGUGGUUAUAUUAUGUUAUGUUGUGUAUACACUAGUUUGCUGAUGUAGCUUAGUGAUAUUCAUCAAUUAUUUAUGUACUUAAGAGGAACUGAGCUGUUUAGAAUUUUUUUUGUGAAAGGCCAUUGUUCAAGUUA